AGGGGAGGGCGGCCCCUUUAGCCCUCUUCCCGCCGGGCCGGGGCGGGCCUUCCGGAGUGCGUGUGUGUGUGUUCGUCGUGUGUGCCGCAGCUGCUAGCUAUGCCUUCAGCGCCUAACCUCCUCUGAAUCGCUCGGCUUCUGCUUAUUCGCACUUCUUAACACCCAUAAUCCACUCAAGACCCUUCCUCGACAAAUUCUGGCACCCUUAGACUCCGAUCCGCCUAUGCUUCGGCGAAAAUACGGUCAUGCUGGAUUUAGACAUGGCGAUGACCUCAUCGUAACCCCAUUCGCUCAACUUCUAGCCAGCCUCCGUAAUGUUCGCGCUAACCUCAUAUCUAUCGCAAACAUUCAGGUGUCGGACGACGGUCGUCACGCCAACCGAACCACUAGACGUCCACCGCUUCAUAAUACACCGUUACCAGAGAACGUCGUCACAUGUGCUCAGGAGACUUUGGAGGAAUUGGACUGGUGUUUGGACCAGCUGGAAACCAUUCAAACCCAUCGUUCCGUUUCCGAAAUGGCUUCCAGCAAGUUCCGGAAGAUGCUCAACAAAGAGCUUAGCCAUUUCGCUGAAUCAUCCAAGUCUGGAACACAAGUGUCGAAAUUCCUCAUAACGACUUAUAUGGACAAGGAUGACGACGAUCCUACGAUAGAAAUUGAAGUACCCGGAGAGGGACCAUCGACAUCGUCACCGCCACUGUCGAUGGGACUUCUGAAGAAAGCGCAAACGGCAGCGAUGAAUCGUAUCUCUGGAGUUCGUAAACUUCGCGCUCCAUCUCAUGAAGGUCAUUUACCCGAAUACGGUGUCGCAUGUGCCAAAGAAGUAGCCGUUUAUAUGCAACAGCUAAACGACUGGGGACCCGAUGUGUUCAAAAUCGACGAGCUCUCGAAAAAUCAUGCACUUACUGCCAUUACCUAUGCGCUGUUCAGGGAAAGGGGACUGAUUAAGGCAUUUGAAAUCCCGUCGUCCGUAUUCGUUACAUACUUACUAAAUCUUGAACAUCAUUAUCGAACCAAUCCCUAUCAUAAUCACAUCCAUGCCGCCGAUGUUGCUCAGUCAAUGCAUGUUUUGCUCACUUCCCCAGUGCUCACCGAAGUUUUUUCCGAUCUCGAGGUUAUGGCGGCAAUUUUCGCUGGUGCAAUCCAUGACGUCGAUCAUCCGGGUUUUACCAAUCAGUACCUUAUCAACUCCAAUAACGAGCUGGCCAUUAUGUAUAAUGACGAAAGUGUGUUGGAACAACACCAUCUAGCUGUCGCUUUUAAACUUCUCCAAGACUCGAACUGCGAUUUCCUAUGCAGCCUGUCGAAAAAACAACGACUGCAAUUUCGAAAAAUCGUUAUUGAUAUGGUGCUAGCUACAGAUAUGUCCAAGCAUAUGUCCCUUUUGGCCGAUCUGAAAACUAUGGUUGAGGCAAAGAAAGUUGCUGGAAACAACGUAAUCGUCUUAGAUAAAUACAACGAUAAGAUACAGGUCUUACAAUCCAUGAUUCACCUGGCUGAUCUAUCAAAUCCAACUAAACCCAUCGAACUGUAUCGGCAAUGGAAUUCACGAAUCUUAGAAGAAUAUUGGAGGCAAGGAGAUCGGGAGAAAGAGCUUGGCAUCGAAGUGUCGCCAAUGUGCGAUAGAGGAAAUGUUACCAUAGAAAAAUCACAGGUUGGCUUCAUCGACUAUAUUGUGCAUCCACUGUAUGAGACGUGGGCGGAUCUUGUGUAUCCGGAUGCGCAGAAUAUUCUCGAUCAAUUGGAAGAGAAUCGAGAAUGGUAUCAAUCACGAAUCCCCGAAGAGCCGGAAUCGGCACGGGGCGAAGAAGAGAACUCGUAGUCACUGAUUUGAUUUUUUGUAUUACUUGCCUGCUAUCUGUCGGGUCAUUUUAUUCACACAUACACACACGCGCUUAGCUCUGUUCAUUUUCAUCUCUCUUUCACUCGCAUAUUAGUUUUCGUUCAUUGCCGGGUGUUUCUUGCAACCUGCGGUCUCUGCGUCCCCCCUCUAAUUUUUUUAUAUUCUUUCAUCUUAGGAGCAUCACGCCUCUUUUCCCUGUUAGAUCCUCACGUAGGUGCUUGUCCUCUCUCACUUCAUCGCGCUCCCCGCCCGCCACCGCUGGGCUACGGACCCACUCUUCUCUAGUCGUACCCCUAUCUCUCCCUUUCUUUUUGACGUCCUACCGCGCUUUACUCGGCCAGUCCUGCCAAGUUCUCGUGUUUGCAGCCGCUGAGUUGCCAUUUGUGUUCUCAUGUUUUAGCGUUAAUUCAUAUUCAUUCAUUCUCUCUGACAGCCUAUAUUGUGAUAACUAUGUUCAUCUACUUGUUUGCGCCCACUUUCCCCCAUUUGCGAGUGGGAAAGAUGUUUGAUUUGCAUAAGAAAAGCUUUAAUUCAACGUACCAAUGCCAUGCACUUAAUAAAUUUCUAUCAAAUAAAG